AUGACCUUGGACGCUAAUGGCUACGAGAACAUCAUCGACAACAAAUGGAUACAGGGCGUUUUCUGUGUUAUUUACACAAUAAUUUUCGUACUCGGCCUUUUGGGCAACUUACUAGUUUGCUUCGUCGUCAUCAGGAACAAAGCGAUGCAGACCGUCACGAAUUUGUUUAUAACCAAUUUGGCGCUGUCUGACAUUUUGCUUUGCAUAUUUGCGGUUCCAUUCACGCCGCUCUAUUCGUUCCGCGGCUCCUGGAAUUGGGGUUCCGUCUUAUGUCACGUGAUGCCUUUCGCACAAGGGUGCAGCGUAUACAUAUCCACUUUGACUCUGAUGUCUAUAGCUAUCGAUAGGUUUUUCGUGAUAAUAUACCCUUUCAGACCGAGAAUGAAAGUAGAAACGUGCAUCACAGUUAUUAUAAUGAUAUGGACGUUUGCAAUCACCGUGACAAUGCCUUACGCAAUAUACAUGACUUAUUAUGACUUGGACAUUGGAAGAUUCUGUGAGGAAACAUGGCCGACAGAGAAGCUGCGGAGAGUCUUCGGUUCCGUUACAUCGGUGCUGCAAUUUGUGCUCCCGUUCAUUGUGAUCGCAUUUUGUUAUACUUGCGUCAGUUUCAAGUUGAAUGACAGAGCAAAGGCUAAGGCAGUUAGUAAGAAUACUAAGAAGGAGGAGUUCGACAAGAACAGAAAGCGCAGAACUAAUCAGAUGCUAAUAGCGAUGGUAACUAUUUUCGGACUAUCUUGGCUUCCUUUAAACGUGAUUAACCUUUGCAACGAUUAUUAUAUUUACGCGAUCCAUCUUAAAUACUACUUCCUAAUAUUCUUCAUCGGUCACGUCAUCGCUAUGUCGUCGACCUGCUACAAUCCGUUCAUUUAUGCGUGGAUGAACGAAAACUUUCGUAAAGAAUUUAAGCAAUUGAUACCUUGCAUUGAAACUUCUGCGCAAAGUAGGGCAAACAUUCAGAUGGAGCAGCUAGGGGUAGGCCCUUCAGAGAAAACGCUCAACGGGAAUACUACAACGGACAGCUAUUUAUCAAGCUCAAAUAGAACUGCAUCGUUUAGACACAAAAGGAAACCCAGUGCUGCGGCGGACGUAGAAAAAAGCGGCGUUGAGUUGAACGAAGACCUUCUUACAGUAGAUGUGAAACAUUGCCACAUCUCAACUAGCUACAACUUGCGAAGGGAGUCAGUGAAAUUGCGGCUUAUUAAUGAGGAGUCAUUCGACGGAACAUCGACUCAAAGCCAAUUC